AUGGAGCGGUACACAAAAAUACGUGUGCUGGGGAAGGGCAGCUUUGGCAGUGCCAUUCUCAUCAAGCGGCGCAGUGACAAUGCGCUUCUCGUCAUCAAGGAGGUCUUUUUGGGCAAAAUGAGUAAGAAGGAACGCGAGGAGGCACGCCAUGAGUGCCGUGUGCUACAAAAACUAAGUCACCCAAACAUUGUACGCUACGUGGAACACUUUGAAAAUCGUGAUAACCUCUACAUUGUAAUGGAGUACUGCGAUGGUGGAGAUCUUCAUGGCAAACUUAAAAUGGGGCCAAUGAAGGAAAGCACCAUUUUGUAUUAUUAUUCGCAGAUCUGUCUUGCCAUGGAGUAUUUACAUUCCCGUCACAUUCUUCACCGCGAUAUCAAGACAAUGAACGUUUUUCUUAUGAAAAAUGGUUCUGCCAAACUUGGAGACUUUGGCAUCUCAACUGUCUUGCGCAACACGAUGGGUAUGGCGAACACUAUGUGCGGCACACCAUACUAUUUCUCGCCUGAGAUAUGUCGCAAUAAACCGUAUAAUAACAAGUCGGAUGUGUGGGCACUGGGAGUGCUGCUCUAUGAAAUGGCCACUGGAAAACACCCCUUUGACGGCAGUAGUAUGCAGCAACUAAUGCAACGCAUUGUAAAAGGCACCUAUCCACCAUUACCGUCACACUUUUCAUCUGAGUUCCGCAAUGUGGUAGACUGGUGCCUGCAGAAGGAUCCUUCACGAAGGCCCAGUAUUAAGCAGACGCUUGCGCUUCCUAUUAUACGACGUUCACUUGAACAGCUAGAGGAAAAUUUGAUGCUCGCCACUCAGUGCAAGGUACGUCUUAAGGACAUUAUAGAUUUUGAGGUUGGGGGAGAGCAUAAUGACAACAACAAUAACCAUGCGGUGGUGGAACCAGUGAAGCAGGGGGGAGUCCCACUGAGAUGUGCUUCGCCAUAUGCAAGAGCGCAAGGGAUAUCCCCUGGAAAAGCAGCAGCGAUGGCAGUAGCAAAGCAACAAAACGAGCUUCAGCGAUCACCACAGCGAUCUCAGCAACCCCUGUCACCAGGUGCAGAGGCCGCAGUAGGACUUCUCGCACAACGUCCUGCGGGCAAUUUGGCUUUACUCAGCCCAAAACCGACUGCCGCGGCUGCGGCUAUUGACCUCAACCGGAUUCAAAACUACCGAAAGCAUUUAUUGCAACAGUGCCAAUCAGAUGCUCUUCCUGGCAAGGCUGUCCCUCCUGCUCCUGUGGUUGGCGGUAAAGGGGCUGGGGCGGCGGCUUCCCCCACCUGUGCACCCCCACCGACGUCACCACUUUCCUCCCCUCGGCAUCAGCAACAGCAGCAACACCAACAACAACGCAAUUUGCCACCAACCACCGCGGAGUAUCAAAACCAGUUUGUCAGUGAACCUUCUAGGCAAAAACCUGCGGCAGCUGCUGCCGUUUUUAAAGGUUUCCAAGAGCGAAUGCAGCGUGUUAACGCCAUUAUGCAGCGGUACGCUCAAAACGUGGAUCCAAAAUCUCGCGAGACAAUUCAUGCGUACAUGAAACGCAAACAAGAUGAAUACCUGCAGCGGCAAAAACAGGAGCAAGAAUGUGUUCAGCGCCGGCAGGAACUUCGAAAGAAGCAACUUGCGAAGGUUAUUGAACAUCAAAAUCUCCUUGCCCGAGGUGAUUUGCCGCUUCAACAACGACAAAAACAAAGGCAGAGUCAACAAAAUAAUCUGACAGUGCAAGGACCUGCGCCAGCUGCGAAUUCUUUACACUCACCACGGAUGUUGCCUCCACAAAUGUCACCACCACCGCAAUCGCACCAACCACACUUAGUAUUGGGACGUGAUCCACGAUGGGUACAGCGUCAAAUGAAAGAAGCGGAGUCGCCCGCCUCUUUGCAACCAGCUGAUCCUGUUCGAAAUAGUAAUGAUUGUCAUAUUAGUAAUCAUCCCAGGGAGCGAAAAGCGAAGGUUGUGGUGCGGGGGAAAAGGAAGGUUUUUGCGGCGAAUUCUCCCAUUUUAUUUUAUCUUCCCAUGAACUUGCGGCAUCAGUCACUUGUUCUGCCUCCCCGAGAAGACGCAGCCCGGCCUUUUCGGUCGGAAUCUGCUGCUGUUGUGGCUCCGGGCGAACAAAACGGCAACAAAGGCGGCAACAAAGGCGGCAACAUGCCCAGGAAGUUGACCACUCCACAGGUGGCAAUUGGAGGGGUAGGUUUGUGUGCCCCAACGAAGGGUAGGCGCUCCGUAGAAGAUGCGGCGCCUCACUCCCAUCUAUCGGUGACAAAGGGGCCACCUCCUGUGCCUCACGAGAAACAAAAGCCCCAGUCAAUGCUGCGUAUCAUCUCUGCACCCGUUUUUGUUUCACAGCUGGUGAACUCAAAUGCUGCUCGUGAAGAAUCCGGGGAAGAUAACGAGGACGACAAAGGCGCAAAGAAGAAUUCUACGCCGACGCACUUGCAGGUUCACGGCCUUGUACGUCGCAGUAGCGCACCUUCGCACCGUCCUGCUGGCGAUUCUCAUACACCGUUUACAAACGUAUAUAAUCCAUCAAAAGUUUUUCGCGAUAAACAAAUUAUUCGUCCCUUAGCUGCAGCUGGAUUUAUGCCACAGGGAAUUACGGCCUCACCGCAGCAGCAUCAUCAAUAUCUUCUAUCGCGUGCUGCUUCUCCUACAUCAGGAUUGGUGGUAAUGGGGGCAAGGUCGUCCUUUGUCUCCAAAGAUGACUUGCAUUUUGGAGUGGAAGAGCUUCGUCAAGUUGAACAACGCCGUCGACAAUUUUUGCAUCAUGCCGAGACGGACCCUUUUCAGGAAGAGCAACCUGGAAAAAGCGAAGAAGCAUCAUUGCCCCAGGCCCUCAACGCAGGGGCUGAGUUUCCCAAUAACAAUAGGAGACGUAGAAAGAUUAAUAGUCAGCCUGUGGCUAAUAAGACACCUUUGCCCUCGGACAUUACCUGUACAGCGGCUAGAGGCAACCCUGUUAAUGACAAACCACGCAAAAAAGAGAUACCACCCCCUGUGUCUCUUGCUCCACUACAAAUACGACUAAUGCAGCCAGGUUUGUUACAGGGCAACUCUCCCACUUCCAUUUCCUCACCGUUCAAGCUGAGUGGGGUAUUGCCUCCAACUGCUGCGCGAGCUCCGAGUGGGAAGCAGCCUUUGUCACGGAGUGCGGGUUGCAGUGAAUCCUCGCCACAAGUUGGGAUUGGGCAAAUGCCAGCUGUUGUCGGCGUCAGGAUGUCUCCACAUUCACGUGAACCUGGAGCAGGAGUAUCAUCCGGGGCAGCCGGUGAGAUUUUUUCUUCUGAAAACUUUACUUCAGAGGAGCCUCCAGUUCUUCUUGAUAUUGAUUACGGUUUUAGUUCUAUGGCCCAAGAUGACGGUGCAAAGCAGUCUCCAGUGGCAGAAAACGGUUCAACAGCUCUUUUUCCCUCAAUUACGGAUGUGGGGUUAGAACAGGCCGAUGUAUUGCAGCAGUGGAGAAAUGUUGCAGAUGGCCUCGAGGGUCACAAAAUUCCGCACCGCGUUACUUUUAUUCACAGGCAGACGGGUGCAACAAAAAAAACUUUUGGUGAUGGUGACGAUGUUCUUGCAGCCUUUCAAAAGGCAAGUAGGGUAUGUUUAAGCGUUCCUAGUACAUUAGAGGUGCUUCGAACGCUUUGUGAUAGAGGGACGGAGGAAACUGGGAAGCCUUUGGACCAGCCUUCUGGUGUAUCUCUAACACUACUGAAACAGAAACACCGGAGGAAACAAGAACGUGUCACUGUUGAGAAUCAACCUAACGCGGCCCCAAUGGGUCUGCCGCUACCGCUUUACAUUGAAGGUGCAGGAGAGCAGCGUCGUGAUGAGACAUCACCACCGAUAUCGCAGCCCAUAUCAAGAGCAAGCAGCCAAGAAAAUACAAACAUUUCUUCGGAGGCGUGUUAUGAAGAUUUGGUGGCAGUAGAGGGGCGUCCAGCUCUGGUGACGCUUGUGGACAGUGACAACGAGGUUCGGGGAGGAAGUAAUGAACUAGAUCGCGUCAAUCAUAGUACGACUUCUGUCCCUCCUCAAUACGAGCAACCGCUUGAAGGCUACCUGGAAAUGCUCGAUCACCUGAGGGGUAUUCUAUAUCGUGGAUUGCAGCCUUCGAAAAAGUUAGCUGAUGCUGAAAGUGAAAGCAAAGACCAAACAAAAGAAGAAGACGAAAAUGAAGAAAGUGAAAUGGAACAACCCGACAAAGCGUCUCUCUCACCUGUGGAGGGAAAGGAGAGAAGCCAUUCCGUCUCACUAAAGCUUGGGAUGACUUCCACAAUGCCAGUUGAUGAUUUACCAACACCGCAUUCUCUGCUCUUGACAAAGGUGAAGCAACUGCCGCAAGAUCAACCACGCAAACCAAUUUCGUUUUUACUAGCUAACUGUGAAGGGAAUCCGUCUUCAAAUGGGAGUUUGGAUGCAGAUGAGGUGGGCUGCGACGAUAAUGUCGAGGAUGAAAGCGAUGAAGAGGACAAUGACGAUGAUUUUGAAGACGCCAUCCCUCUGUUAGCGAUACCCGCCGCAACAGUAAGUGAAAACUAUCGGCGUAUUCUAGAAGAUGCCUAUUGUUUGCCAGAAGCUUUGUCCAGUCAGGAUGCCCAAGGUGAGACUGAGGUGAAUAGCGAGCACGCGUCAGCGAGUGGCGUAAAACCGUGGGAUGCAGAAGAAGACGCUGACAGUAAGAUUACUGAUAACGCUUCACCUUUGCCACCUGGUGCUGCGGAGAAGGAGCCUGACACCAACGGCGGCUGUACAGUGACCACUUUGAAUUCAGUUCUAGAGGCUUCUGCUGUAAAAACGAAUGUAGAAGAUUGA